AUGAACUCUCCAUAUGCCACAAUAGUUGACAAUCCCGACUUUGUUUCCGUCUUGUACGCCGAUAAGCUCGAUCGUGCUCUGGAAUCUGGCGACAAGGAUGCUAUCAUCAAAGUGUUAACCUCGAUCAGCAACAAUCAGCGCCAAAUGAUGCGCGAAUCCUACAGAAUCAAUUACGGCAAGGACAUCAUUGCAGAGCUUGACAAAAAAUUGGGAGAAUUUUUGUCAAGCGGAGAUUUCAAGAAAACUGUGCUUGCGCUUAUGGACACUCCCCUAGACUAUGACGUCAAGCAGCUGAAAGCAGCUAUGAAGGGUCUUGGCACAGACGAAGGAGUAUUGAUCGAAAUAAUCUGCUCUCGCACUCCUUAUCAGCUGGCCGCUAUUCGAGCUGCUUACGAGCGUGAAUACAAGACACCAUUGGAACAAGAUAAUAUUGGGCUUAACGCUUACGUGUCCAGUGUGUCAAAAGUUUUCUCAUCCGCUGUAUUUCCGAGCAUCAAUCAAACAUAA